AUUGUAAAGCAGUGCGCGGCAUACGGUCGCGUCGAUCCGUCCCCCGCGAUUGUAUCACGGAGUGCGCGGAGUACGAGCCGACAGCCGUGGACCGGCCAAACUGCCAGUGUUUGUAAGGUCGCUCUCAAGUGAACACAUUCGCGUCUUCGUCUCGGCCUCGCCUACCGCUCUCCGAACUUUUCGCACAAAACUAUAUGAUAUAACAUGGCAGCUACCGAAGAACUCAGCGGAAUACUCCAGAGGCGGCAAGCAAUUAAUGAAAAGCUAGAAGAGGGCAUCGAAAUCAAACCGAAAUAUAAAUUCGUCAAUGUAUUCACGGAGUUCCACGAAUUCUCCAGGAAAGAAAUAAAACAGUACGAGCAGACCUUCAACAAAUUCGAUGAAGGUCGCGACGGAUAUUUGGAUUUGAAUGAAGUAAAGCGCAUGAUGGAGCGACUUGGCGCGCCCCAGACACAUCUUGGGUUAAAAGCAAUGAUCUCUGAAGUGGACGAAGAUAGAGAUAAUAAAAUAAGCUUCAGGGAAUUUUUACUUAUAUAUCGGAAAGCUCGAGCAGGUGAACUCGAGACGGACUCCGGUUUGGAAACAUUAGCAAUUCUCACCGAAAUAAACGUAGACCAAGUCGGCGUAAACGGAGCUAAGAAUUUCUUCGAAGCAAAAAUCGAAGAGCUCGCUAAAACGAAUAAGUUUCAUGAUGAAAUCAUACAAGAACAAGAAGAAAAACGACGUGAAGCGGAAGAGAAGGCUUUGCGAAAACAAAGGUUCAAGGAGAAAACGGCCAUAUUUCAACACUAAUGUUUAAAAUUGAAUUUGUUUUGUAUCUAGUCUUAAGACAUAAGCUGUUACCAAUCCGUGAAACAUGUCUUACCGACGAGGCAAGUUUUUAAUGUCGUUGAUAAAAUCUAUAAGACAAAAAAUUACCAAAAUCACAAAUUAGUUAAAGGUGUUAUGUUAAAUUAGAUAUAGGUAGAUUUAAUAUAAGUAGGUAAUGUAAUUAAAUCAUAUUUUAAGAAUAAAUAUAGCAUCGUUACUACCUAUCUAUAGAUGAUUAUUUUAAACAAUAAAUCAGCUAAUAGAUGAAUUGUGAACUAGUUACGGACAAUUUUGGGCCUUUGUAAUGUUAUCCUUUCAACGAAUUAAAUAAACGCAACAUUCCUGUUUUGAAUAAUUUUAUCGUUUUAAACAGUUUUUUUUCCCUUUAAUUAAUGUGCAACAGAUUUUGUGUACAGGCACAUAUUGCAUACAGGUGUUUAGUUCUUUUUUGUAAUGUUAAAGUCAAGGUUAAAGUAUAUCAUGUAAAAAGUUUUAAUGUUAUUAUUAUUUAAAAAAUAAACUGAUUAAAAAUUGGAACAAUGAUA